UGUAAAUGAAAGUAGACCUAUCUUAAUUCAGGCAUGUGGAUGUCUCACCUUAAAGACAUUAUCUCAAGAACAGGGGAUUCUCUUCUUUGUAUCUCACUUUAUUCUUUUGUGUUUCACUUUCAGGUUCUGUCUUCUCAUGAAGGUGGUAGCCAGAGGUAGACACUGUGAUAACCCCCCAGCAAUGGAGAAAUCAUGAUUUUUGUUUCUUUUCUCUCUUCCUUCUCUAAGCCAUUGACGAUGGCCCUUAGUAAUUCCAGCUGGAGGCUACUGCAGCCUUCUUUUUUCCUGAUGGGCAUCCCCGGUUUAGAGGAAAGCCAGCACUGGAUAGCAAUGCCGCUGAGUGUCCUUUAUCUCUUUGCUGUAAUGGGCAAUGUCACCAUCAUCUUUAUCAUCUGGACUGACCCAUCCUUGCACCAGCCUAUGUACCUCUUUCUGGCCAUGCUCUCUGGCAUUGACCUGGUGCUGGCGUCCUCCACUGCACCCAAAACCCUUGCAGUGCUCCUGGUUCAUGCCCAUGAGAUUGGGUACACUGUCUGCCUGACCCAAAUGUUCUUCAUCCAUGCGUUCUCUUCCAUGGAGUCAGGUGUGCUUGUGGCCAUGGCUCUGGAUCGCUAUGUAGCCAUUUGUCACCCUCUGCACCAUUCCACCAUCUUGCAUCCAGGGAUCAUAGGGCGCAUUGGAAUGGCAGUGCUGGUACGGGGGUUACUCCUCCUCCUCCCCUUCCCUAUCCUGUUGCGGAGACUUAUCUUCUGCCGGGCCACCGUCAUAGGCCAUGCCUAUUGUGAACAUAUGGCUGUGGUGAAACUUGCCUGCUCAGAAACCACAGUGAACCGAGCUUAUGGGUUGGCAGUGGCCCUGCUUGUGGUUGGGCUAGAUGUCGUGGCCAUUGGUAUUUCCUAUGCCUUCAUCCUCCAGACAGUGCUGAAAGUACCAGGGGGUGAGGCCCGACUUAAGGCCUUUAGCACAUGUGGGUCUCACAUUUGUGUCAUCCUGAUCUUCUAUGUUCCUGGAAUAUUCUCCUUCCUUACUCACCGCUUUGGCCACCAUGUACCCCAUCAUGUCCAUGUUCUUCUGGCCACACUCUACCUCCUCGUGCCACCUGCACUCAAUCCUCUUGUCUAUGGGGUGAAGACUCAGCAGAUCCGCCAGCGAGUACUCAGGGUAUUCUCCCUAAAAGGAUGGAUCUGAACACAUCCCAGUUAUUAUUUUCUGAGGCUCCUGUCAAAGGUACUGCCUGGAGUCCAUGGCUGGUCUAAGCUAUGUGGGUAGAGACCAUUGCACAGUGAGGGGUCCUUCCAGUCCUGCUAUCUCAUGGCAGAGAACACCCCUGGGCACUUGGCUCCAUCACUUAUUGGAUUACUUGGAUAGCAGGAUUUGUGAUUAUUUUCCCAAUCCUUUUUUUUUACUCUUGAUACCAAUAUUAAUAUACUCCUUGUGGUGAGGGACUGGGAGAUAAAGUCAAUAGAUAAUAGCUCUGGA